AUGGUUGUCGUCGCAUCUGAGCCCAGCACCUCCACCACGGUGCACAAGAAAACGCGCCGGUCGACGAAGAAAAAGGCGCCGCGUCUCGCCCCUGCUGAUGGCGAGGACAUUGCGAUGGACGGCGCACCGGCACCGGCGCCCGCGCCGAACGCCGGAGACGACGAGCUGAUGAUUGACGAGGAGGUGGUCGCUGUCCCGACAGAUGCGCCAGAAUUUGGAGCUGCACCGGCAUCAGUCACAAAUGGCGCCCUCAAAUCCGAAUCUCGACGCAUUCCCAUUCCUCCACAUCGCAUGACCCCCCUGAAGAAGGAGUGGGUCAACAUCUUCGGGCCUUUGACGGAGAUGCUUGGGCUGCAAGUGCGGAUGAAUGUUCAGAGGAAAGCGGUCGAGAUCAGGACAUCAAAACACACGAAGGAGGUUGGCGCACUUCAGAAGGGAGCAGACUUUGUAAAAGCGUUUGUGCUUGGGUUCGAUGUCAACGACUCUAUUGCACUGCUACGCUUGGAUGACCUCUACCUGGAUUCAUUCGAAAUCAAGGACGUCAAGACUUUACAUGGCGAUCAUCUGUCUCGAGCCAUCGGUCGCAUCGCUGGACAGGAUGGCAAGACCAAGUUCACGAUCGAGAACGCGAGCCGCACUCGGAUUGUUCUCGCCGAUACCAAAAUACACAUACUGGGCUCGUUCCAGAACAUCAAAAUCGCCCGAGACGCUAUCGUCUCACUCAUCCUUGGUUCACCUCCUGGGAAGGUCUACGCAGGCUUACGCACCGUUAGCAGCCGCAUGCGCCAGAGGGCUUUGUAG